CUUUGUUGACAUAAUAUAAGGAUAGCCUGGUGGUUACAGAUGGUUACGUUCGCAGGCUGGGCUAUAGCCUAUAGGCUAGAGAAGAUAAUUUCAGUAAUCGACAUUAUUGCGAACCAUGAUGGAAUUACAUAACGCCUAUAUGCUGUAGUCUAUAAUAACGUAAAUGAUGCUAUUUUCUCACUGGACGGCCUGAAUGUGAACGCAGCAGCAGCAGGACAGAUCACAGAGGAAAUCACAUUGAGCUCCACAUAACGAAUCGAGUAGCCGAGCGCAAGCAUUAAUUAACAGAGCGGAGAGCUCAGCGGCGAUACUAGAGAGAUGAAGGACCUUUCGUUCUCCCCUUGAUGUGUUCAACCCGCCAGUGGGGGGAGAGACAACCAGGAGCAGCCGAUGCUCAGAGAGAACUGCGGCCGCAGCGCCAGACAUCCGGGAGAGUGAUAACUCUGAGAGAGCGCUGUUUACUGUCAUCUGAGAUCUGGCACCGGAUGAGCGGUGAGGCAUGGGCUGCGCUCCCAGCAUCCACGUCUCCCAGAGCGGCGUGAUCUACUGCCGAGACUCGGACGAGUCCAACUCUCCGCACCAAGCCACAACCAUCUCGCAGGGCACGGCGGCCACCCUCCGUGGGCUGUUCAUCAAGACGGACGCGGCCGACACAAUCCCCUCGGUAAUCACCUACCAGAGCAGGCACUCCCGAACCAACUCUCAACGAGAGAGAAGAGAGAACAGCCAGGGACACAUCUGCAUCGAGGCCAAGACCCAGACCAGUCACAACAGUGUCAAGGUAUCAGCCACAGAAGAAUGUAUAGGACCUAUGAGACUGACCCAAGAACCUAUUCAGGUCCUGCUGGUGUUUGCGAAGGAGGAUGGUCAAAGCGAUGCCUUCUGGUGGGCGUGUGACCGGGCAGGUUUCAGGUGUAACAUCGCCCGAACGCCCGAGUCCGCCAUUGAGUGUUUCCUAGACAAGAGUCACGAGAUCGUGGUCAUCGACGGACGCCACUCACUGUACUUUGAGGCAGAAGCUGUCUGUCGGUUGAUCCGUGCCACAAAGCGCUCAGAACACACAGUCAUUCUGGACGUCGUGCCACAGACGCCUUCAGGUCAGGAGGAGCCAUCUGUUCUUCCUCUCCUCUGCGCUGGAUUCAGCAGAAGGUAUGUGGAGAACAGUAGUGUCUCUGCCUGCUAUAAUGAGUUGCUCCAGAUUGAACAUGGAGAGGUGCGCUGCCAGUUCAAACUCAGGGCGUGUAACUCAGUCUUCACUGCUCUGGACCACUGUCAGGAGGCUGUGGAGAUCACCAGUGAAAACCAUGUGAUACAGUAUGUGAACCCAGCAUUUGAGUGUAUGAUGGGCUACCACAAGGGAGAGUUGAUAGGGAAAGAGCUGACAGAACUCCCCAAGAGUGAUAAGAACCGAGCAGAUCUUCUAGACACCAUCAACACCUGUAUCAAGAAAGGAAAGGAGUGGCAGGGGAUUUACUACGCCAGGAGGAAGUCAGGUGACAGCAUACAACAGCAUGUCAAGAUCACGCCUGUGAUUGGCCAGGGAGGAAAGAUCCGCCAUUUUGUGUCCGUCAGGAGGCCCCACAGUGACAACAACAAACAGGUCCAUAAGAUCAACAAAGAUGGAGAACAUUCCCAGUCAGAGAGCCAUUCCCUGCGUCACAGAGACAGGAGGAAAGACUCAGUUGAUACCAGGUCAAUCAGCUCGCAUGGCGGUGAUGCUCCGAGUCUGCAGAACCGGAGGUACUCCUCUGUAGCCAGGAUCCACUCUAUGACCAUUGAGGCCCCCAUCACCAAGGUGAUCAACAUCAUCAACGCGGCCCAGGAGUCCAGUCCGGUGUCCGUAGCGGAGGCACUGGACCGGGUCCUGGAGAUCCUGAGGACCACAGAGCUCUACUCUCCUCAGCUGGCCUCCAAGGAGGACGACCCACACACCAACGACCUUGUAGGCGGGCUCAUGAGCGACGGCUUACGGAGACUGUCUGGGAACGAGUAUGUCUUCUCCAAAAGUACUUUUCCAAAUAUGAGCCAGAGUCAGCUGGCCAUCCCAGUAACGUUGAAUGACAUCCCUUCGGCCAUCGCUGACAUGCUGGAUGACGAGGACCAAUGGGAGUUUAACAUCCUAGAGCUGGAGGCUGCCACCUGGAAGAGACCUCUGACCUACCUGGGCUUGAAGAUCUUUGCUCGGUUCGGGGUGUGUGAGUUCCUGAGCUGCAGUGAAGCUACGCUACACUGCUGGCUCCAGGUCAUAGAGGCUAAUUACCAUGCCUCCAACUCCUACCACAACUCAACCCAUGCCGCUGACGUCCUCCACGCUACAGCCUACUUCCUACGCAAGGAGAAGGUCAAGGGCAGUCUAGACCAACUGGACGAGGUAGCUGCAUUGAUCGCGGCGACAGUCCAUGACGUGGACCACCCGGGGAGGACCAACAGCUUCCUGUGCAACGCAGGAAGUGAGCUGGCCAUCCUGUACAAUGACACGGCUGUGUUAGAGAGUCACCACGCCGCCCUCGCAUUCCAACUCACUGUCAGGGACAGCAAGAGCAACAUCUUCAAGAACAUCGACAGGACUCAGUUCCGGACAUUAAGGCAGGCCAUCAUAGACAUGGUGCUGGCUACAGAGAUGACCCGCCAUUUUGAACAUGUCAACAAGUUUGCCAACAGUAUCAACAAACCAAUGGCUGCCAUCGAGGAGUCCAGCUCAAACAGUGAAGGCAGUGACAGCGAGGGCCAAGCCAGCAUCAGGAACAGCCCAGAGAACCGGCUGCUGAUCAAGAGGAUGAUGAUAAAGUGUGCUGAUGUGGCCAACCCCUGCAGACCCCUGGAGCUCUGCAUAGAAUGGGCUGGACGCAUCUCAGAGGAGUACUUCGCACAGACUGAUGAGGAGAAGAGACAGGGUCUACCGGUGGUCAUGCCUGUCUUUGACAGGAACACCUGUAGUAUCCCCAAGUCUCAGAUCUCCUUCAUAGACUACUUCAUCACAGACAUGUUUGAUGCCUGGGAUGCCUUCGCCAGUCUACCUGGCCUCAUGGAGCACCUGUCAGAGAACUACAAAUACUGGAAGGGUCUGGACGACAUGAAGUGCAAGAGCCUGCGGCCGCCCCCUCCUCCGUGACCCCUCCAUCCCUCCCUCUCUCCCCUUAUCCCUCCAUCCCUUCCUCUCACUGGGCUGGGGGAGACAGCGAAUGUAGCCCAGCACUGGUAUUAAGCCCCUCCCACUGUGAUUCUACCCAGCUCCACACACACUGGACUGUACUGCAGUCUGCAGACCUCAGAGCCUGUAGACCUCAGAGUCUGCAGCUUCGAGCCCUGAGAAGAGACCAGGGGACUGACAUACUGGCUGACAAAUGACACCCCUUUCCCCAUGUAGUGCUCUCCUUCUGUCCAGACAUCCUUCCCAUCCCUAGUUAUCAGAUGUUGCUUCAAACUGAAAAACUGAUUUCAACCAGAGAAUCAUUAUGAUGCCCCGUGCCAAAUGUAGCAUGGGGGGCUCUGAUCAUAAGUAGUGCACUACAUGGGGAAUAUGGUGACAUUUGAGAAUUGCCCAUUCAGACUCUUCAGACCCCUCUGUGGUUCGUCUUGGGCCCCUAAUGGGACUCUACAGCCCUCCUGACAAUCUAUCCCAGCCAUCCGCACUUUAGCAGCUCAAAAACGUGUAACUUUCUCACACAAUUGUUUUUUCCUGUGAUGGUGUCUGUGCUCUAUAUCUGUUUAUUUUAUCUCAGGCAAGUGUCUGCUGUUGUUUGUCAUAUCUCUGAUUUCUGUCCGUCCAUGCUUGGUCCCUAAGGUAGUGUAUGGUGAUGUGUGGACCAAAGGUUUGCUGACACAUGAACUACUUAUACUGUAAGUACCAGGAAUAAAAGAGGAGAGAGCACAGAACUAAAGUAUGUAGAGAGAAACCUGUUCGCUGAAUCACACACACACACAUACACUGUACUUACUCUCCCGACCACACAGCCAACUUCUAAAACUGUAACUCAGCUCUCCUGGUUCUCCCUCCAGAUGGAAGUAUUAGGUAAUAUUGAGCUCUGAUAAGCCCAGUUAGGCAGAGUAAAACAGAGACGUGCGUGUGUGUGUUAGUGUGUGUGCAUGCGUGUGUUUGCACAUGCCUGUGUGUGUGUGUGUUUGGCAGCAGACCCAGAGCAGUCAGCGGUCUGUGUUCGCUCCAUACCUGGGAGGUUUACAGAGCAGAGCCCAACUGAACUGACUGCUGUAAUAUCUCUCUCUACGGGGGAAAACCAGAGCUUUACUCAGAGAGCCAGGCCUCACGGGCAGCUAGCCCACCACCAGGCUCCCCUCUGGGGCUAGAACCAGCCCUCACUCAGCCCCCUCUGGAACUCAGCUCCAGACAUGGCUGUUAAAAGAGAACUCUCCUGUCAACACUGGGGCUUAGUGGGAACAGUAUUAGAACAGUAUUAUAACUCUAUUAGCAACAAGUUGGGGAAAAACAGCAGUAUAUAUUAAGUACUGUUGAUCUUUACAACUUAUAAGCCACAUCAGUGAAUUAUCUGAGCAACAGCAGGCUAGUGUACUGUUUAUGACAGCUUGCAUUGAAGCUAGUCCUAAUUCAUUACUUUAAAUGGGUCAUAAAGUUCCAGUGAAACAGUACAUCAAUUUAAACAUCAAAGGCACAUUGAAGUGGACACAUACUGUAGAUAAUUGCAAUCUCCAAAUAUGAAGGAAACUAAUUAGCAUUGGCUAAGCAAGUUACUAUUCCAAAGCACAACUCAUUGAUUUCUAACAUUUCAGUUGUGCUGUGGUGUGCAGUGCAAUAGUAGGAGUACAUUUAAUUUUCCAACUCUCCCUCCUGUCUGCCCGUAGUGUGUUGCUGGUCCAUUGUAAAGUAGCAUGGUAGUGUGGUCUGAGCAGAGAGCCACCUCACAAGAGCCUGAUGAAACCACCUUGGGACAGACAGCAUGAAAUACUCGGCUGGCCCUGGCUCAAUUUACACUCUAUUCCCCAUGUAGUGCACUACUUUUGGGCCAGAGAUGUAUGUGGUGAGAGACUGGCACACUUAGCUCUUGGGGCUUAAAUAGAUGUGUCUUAAAGGCACUCUAUUGCCUACAUAGCACACUACGUUUGACUACUCUAAUCAAAAGUAGUGCACUAUAUGGGGUAUAUGGUGUCACUUUAGAUUGACCCUGUUUUAGGAUGCUCUCUGGGAAAAGAGCACUUUCAGCUCCCAGCACACUGUACUGCUACUUGGUUUGGUUCAGUUUUCAACUCUGGCUAGACUACUAUUCAAAUAUGAUUUGAAAUGUCACUAUCGUGAAACAUGCUGUCCAUCCCUUUCUCUUGUCAUCUAGAAUCACAUUACUGUGUAGUUGUCUCCCUCCAGUGGUUGGCAGUGGGGAAUGCAGUUUGUUAAUUUCCUUGUGCAAAGCAGCAUCCAUACAAGACAGGCUUAAGUCAGAGGUGUUGUGAAUGGGUGGUAAGCUUUGAGUUCAAAGUACGUGUUUGUGCGUGCGUGUGUGUAAAUUCAACUGAGAAAAUCGAAACUGUUGUACGUAUUUAACCAAAGGCACAGUGAUAUUCUUUAAGGUGCCUUACUCUGAUCCUCUCCUGAAACAGGGUUCAGAGUUCCGGCUUAAUAAUAUAAUAUGCCAUUUAGCAGACGCUUUCUAUCCAAAGCGACUUACAGUCAUGCGUGCAUGGGUGGUCCCGGGGAUCGAACCCACUACCUUGGCGUUACAAGCGCCGUGCUCUACCAGCUGAGCUACAGAGGUUUGUUUGUGUUAGCGAGCAGCUGAACAAAGAUACUGGACUAAGCCAUAGAGUACUUAACCUUACUAUUCUAACCUGUAUAUUACGACACUGUAAACUACCUAGCUACUGCUGACUUCACCAACCCACUAUCUAGUCUCCCGUGACUGUUCUCGAUUGAGCCUAAUCUAUUUUCAAUGAAUUAUGAAUGUUUGUUGUAAAGUGAGUUUUGGUCAGAUCUGAUGUCACCCACACGCUUGUCGUCCUUUCUUUCUUUGAACCCCCAAAGAUGAACUGUUUCUGCUGUAGAGCAGGGUGUGGCAUCUACUAUUAUGUCAUGUUAACCAGGCUCUCAUUGGUCAGAGACUGGCAUCAAUGGGUAUGGAGAACGUGCCAAACCCUUUCUUUAUUUUCUAUCGUUUCUCAGCAGAAAAACCAACAGAUAUUCUGCAAGCAUUCAUGUAUAUAAGCUCUAUUUAAAAAAAAAAAAAAUGUUUUUCAUUAUUUUGUGGUUAUUGGCCGUGAAAAGGCAAACGUAAAAUAUAAUAGAAAUGUUUUACUGUAUGUAUUUUUGAAGGACUUGAUGGUUUGAUGCUUUUGUUGUGUAUAAACCACCGGGCAGAAACUGGUUGCAUCAACGUUGUUUCCACGUCAUGAAAAAAUAAAAAUCUAUCUCAU